AUGCAGCCCGCUCAGCUCCUCGCCGCCUGUGUGUUGGCCGUAGCCGUCGCGAACGCGGGCCACGCCACCAGCUACGUGGGCGGGGCUCUCUACAGCUACGGAGGAGGCCAAGGAGGCUACGACGGCGGCUAUGAUGGCGGCCAUGGCAAGGAUUACUACUGCAAAAAUAUUGAUCCCAACGACGAAGGCGGUACUGUGAAGUUUACUAUUGGUUUGAAGAGUAAUGUUUUGGUAGCAGUCGUGGGCUCCGCCCUGCUGGCCGGCGCCCGCGCCUUCGACCUGCCCUGGCUGUUCCCCAAGCCCUCCGCCGCCCCCGCCGCAGCCGACCUCCAGCCCGUGCCGCUGUACUGGGCUUUGAAGCCACUGCUCGGAGCGCUGCCGACGGCGCCGACCACCACCACAACCACCACCACCGCAGCGCCGCCCAGCAGCGCCAAGUGGCCCUCUCUGGCGGCCAUCGACGACAUCUACGAGAAGUUCUGGAAGUCGUACGGCACGCGUCUCUACGGCGCCGAUCGCGACUUCUUCAACAAACCCUUCUUCCCGUUCUUCAGCCGUGACGACAAAACCACCACCACCACCACGACCGCCCCCACCACCACCACCACGCCGAGGCCCCCGGAAAUCCCUUUCUAUUAUCACGUCAACCACGGGGACCCGAGGUAUUACUAUAAAAAGCACCCCGUAUAUUAUUAUGUCAGCAAUUCCAGACCGAAGUACAACUCGGAUCCAUAUUAUUACUAUGUAGACAACUCAGAUAGCAAAUAUGAAUAUACCAAAUCCAUAGAUCCAUUCUAUCAUUACAUAGGUAGCCCUUCUAACACUAACAUCGAAAAAACCAACAUUUCAGAUAUUACAGAAAAGAAAGAUACAACAGAAAAGAAAGACGUGUAAUCAUGACGUUUCUUCAUCAGAUUCAUUCUCAGCUUCCAGCAAUAUUUUUCAGUAGCGUCAAAAUAAAAAUAAGAAAGAAGGAAAGUAUUGUUUGUAGAUAUUUGAUUAAUUUCUUCGUUUCUUUCAUAAUAUACAAAUAUUAGACUCUCGCAAAUCAUGUAAUAAAACCUCUAUUUGGUAAAGUGAAAUACUAGUCCACGUUAAGUUCAACCUCAGUAGAAAUUAGAAAUACUAGAGUUUUGACUUAGACUUAUUAAUGAAUAAAUUUAUGACCAUGCAUUUACAUUUACAUUUUAGAUACAGAUGAAACAUUCAUUAAAAUAAAAUGAUGACAACAUAUAUUCUAAAUAUUUACUUCAAACAGAACGUGUCUAUAAAGAAAUCUACUCCGGUAUUUAGUAGUCAAUGCAUGUUAAUUUCGACUUUAAAUAAUUUAGAAAUUAACGCAUUAUAUUGUCAAAAUAUAUUAAUUUUUAAAGAAUUAAUGAAUUCUCUUAGUGUUCUUUCUUUGUGUAUGUUGUUGUAUUUUAAAGCAAAAUGUAUUGUGUUCAAUAGUAAAUGAAUU